AUGUUGAUCGAUCAUGUAUCGCGUGUCACUGUGAGGGCAAAGGAAGCCAUUGAAGCUGCAGGUGGGUCUGUCAGAAGAGUGUAUUACAACAAGUUGGGCUUUCGAGCAUUGCUGAAACCUGAGUGGUUUGAAAAGAAAGGCAGGUUAUUGCCAAAGGCAGCGAGACCUUCCCUAAAACAGAAGGACAAAGUCGAUAGCAUCGGCCGCUUGCCUGCCCCAACCAAACCUAUUCCUUUUUUUUUACUGAAGAGGAGGUGGCCUCCAAUUCAUAUCCACUUGACAAAAAGGAAGCAAAAUCAGUUCUUUUUAGGAUAUUUGUACUUUUACAUUGAGUUCCUUCACAUGCUUUUCAUGAACUGUUCUCUUUCAUAA